CCCACAUACCUGAGAGAACCAGGAAGUGUCCUGAACAGGAACUGACGAGGUGAAAACUUGUCCGUGACAAAGUGUCUGUGACUCGAACUCUCGGCUCCACGUCCACCGGCUGCUGGGAACCAGUGAGCGGAGCGAACACACGCUGGUUUCACCUGGGACCAGCCGGGUUCCGACCAGACCAGCACUGACCUGCUCAGGUGCAGCCGCAAGUUCUGUUGGUCCAGAGAAGCCCACUACCUCUAUCUGCGCCGCCUCUCUUCCCGAAGCUACUCCGCUAUUACCAUGAACCCGGUGAUGGAGGAGACUGUGUGGGAGCAGUACACUGUGACUCUGCAGAGGGAUCCCAAGAUGGGCUUUGGCAUCGCAGUGUCGGGAGGUCGUGACAACCCGAAUGAGGAAAGUGGCGAGACGUCCAUCGUGGUGUCGGACGUCCUGCAGGGGGGGCCGGCUGAUGGCUUGUUAUUUGAGAACGACCGCGUGGUGCAGGUGAACGCCAUCCCCAUGGACGGGGCCACCCACUCCUUCGCCGUCUCGACCCUCAGGAAGUGCGGCAAAGUCGCCAAAAUUACAGUGAAGCGGCCCCGGAAGGUUCCGGUCAACCUGGUGAACCGUCCGUCCUCACCCGAUGACCGAGUCUUCAACAAUGACUACAACGAUGAUUACAACUACGACCAGGACCGCCGCAGUGUGUACAGCGGGCGGGACCACAGUCCGGAGAGGGAGCGAGGCGGAGGCUACCUGGAUUCUGGCUAUCAAACCCACGAGCGGGACCACGACAGGGAUUUCGACCGGCGGGACCGCGGCAGGAACCCGGAGAGAGACCUCAGCCCGGACCGGCCGUACAGGAGGGACGGCAGCAGAGGUCGCAUUCUAGAUAAAGAGCGCAGCCCAGAGCGCCCCUACCGGAAUGACAAGAUGCUCGACCGUGACCACAGCCCGGAUAGAAGAUACCGCAGCGAGCGCACGCUGGACCGGGAUCACAGCCCCGAGCGCCGCUACCGCAGCGAACGAGCCCUGGACCGGGAGAGCCCGGACCAUCGCUUCCGCAACGAGAAAACCCUGGAGCGCAACCACAGCCCCUACCGGCGUGACAGCCCGGGCAGAGGCCACGGGCGCGACCACAGCUUUGAGCGAGGAAGGGAUCGCAUCCCCAGUGACCCGAGGAAGUACGACGAGCCGGUGAGACGCAGCGGCAGCAGGGAUCGCCUGGACCGCUCGCCCUCCCCGGCCGCCAUGCCCAUCCCUCUGCCGCGCCCGGCCCGGGACCUGGAGCCGCUGGAGAAACCGCUGAACGUGCUGCUGCUGAAGAAACGACCCAACGAAGAGUACGGUCUUCGUCUGGGCAGCCAACUCUUCAUCAAGGAGAUGACCAGCACUGGACUCGCCAGCAGGGACGGGAACCUGCAGGAGGGAGACAUCAUACUGAAGAUCAACGGCACCGUGACGGAGAACCUGUCCCUCAGCGACGCCGGGAAGCUGAUCGAGAAGUCCCGCGGGAAGCUGCAGCUGGUGGUGCAGAGGGACAAGCAGCAGGUGCUGAUCCGCGUCCCCCCGAUGGCCGACAGUGACUCUGAGCUCGAUGAUAUCUCAGAGAUCGAGUCGUACCGCUCCUACUCGCCGCAGGACGACAGGCGGGGCCACCACUCCGACCUCUCCUCCCACUCCUCCAACGAGCGGCUGAGGGAGAAGCCCAGAGAGGAGCCGCCCAACCGGCUGGCCAAGAUGGGCGCCAUGCCAACACCGUUCAGAGUGCCCGACCGAGCCGUAGAAGACACGCCCCCUCUGCUGCCAGAGAGGGAGGAGCUACCACCAGAGACGCCUCCAGUGAAACCAGUCGUCGCUGCAACACAAAAGUUCCAUGCUCCUCCCAAAGUGCCACUGAAGCCAAAUACAGAGGACCAGGAGGUUUACGGCCCGAACACGUUGAUGGUGCGUUUCCAGAAAGGCGACAGCGUGGGUCUGAGGCUGGCCGGAGGAAACGAUGUCGGCAUCUUCAUCGCCGGCGUUCAGGAGGACAGCGCGGCCGAGAAGGAGGGUCUCCGCACGGGGGACCAGAUCAUGAAGGUGAACAACACUGACUUCAGAGGAAUGGUGCGUGAGGACGCUGUUCUCUUCCUCCUGGAGGUUCCUAAGGGAGAAGACAUCACCAUACUUGCUCAGAGUAAACCUGAAGUGUACAAGGACAUUUUAGCGUCGGGCCGAGGCGACUCGUUCUUCAUCAGGACUCACUUUGAGUUCGAGAAGGAGGCGCCGCAGUGUCUCCCUUUCUCCAGAGGGGAGAUCUUCAAGGUGACGGACACACUGUACGAUGGCAAACUGGGCAACUGGCUGGCGAUCCGCAGCGACAAAGACAACCAGCUGUUAGAGAAAGGGAUCAUCCCCAACAAGAGCAGGGCAGAGCAAAUGUCCAACGUCCAGAACGCUGCUCGGGCGGCAUCGGGCAACGACCGAGGAGACUUCUGGAGGCUGAGAGGUCAAAGAGCAGCGAAGAAGAAGGAUAUCCGCAAGAGCCGAGAGGACCUGAGCGCCGCGCCGGUCACCACCCGAUUCCCCGCCUACGAGAGAGUGGUCCUGCGUGAAGCUGGAUUCAAAAGGCCUGUGGUGAUUUUCGGGCCCAUUUCUGAUACAGUGAAUGAGAAACUGGCCAAUGACAUGCCGGACAAGUUUGUCAUCGCCAAAACGGAGCCUAAAGACGCAGGAAGUGAGAAAUCCUCGGGAGUGGUGAGACUGAACACCAUCCGACAGAUCAUUGAGCAGGACCUCCACGCCCUCCUGGAUGUGACCCCCAAAGCCGUGGACACUCUGAACUACACACAGUGGUAUCCCAUCGUCAUCUUCCUGAACCCGGACAGCAAGCAAGGCAUCAAGACCCUGAGGAGCCGCGUGGCACCGGGAUCCAGCCGCAGCGCUCGCAAGCUGUACGAGCAGUCCGUCAAGCUGAGGAAGACCUGCACUCACCUUUUCACCGCGACCAUCGACCUGAACUCGGCCAACGACGGCUGGUACGGCAGCGUGAAGGAUUCUAUUCAGGAGCAGCAGGACCGAGCCGUGUGGGUGUGUGAGGGGAAGCUCGAAGGCUCGGAGCAGGACCUGGAUCUCCACGAUGACCGCAUGUCCUACCUGUCGGCAAUGAGCGCCGACUACCUGAGCAUGGACAGCCGACUGACCAGCGACUACGAGGACACCGCGGACGAGGGCGGGGCUUACACCGACAACGAGCUGGACGAGCCCCUGGACGAGCCUCAGCCCGUGUCGGCCAUCGCCCGGUCGUCAGAGCCGGUGCUGCCGGACGAGAAGCUUCACCCUGAGCCUCGGGCCCGUGUGCGGAGGUCAGGGAGCAGAGAGAAGCUGAACAGAGACCCCAGCCCUCCCCCCUCUUUUGUCCCUGAACCCCCGAAGGUGCGUGCUCAGACCCGGACCGACUCCACGCGGAGCUAUGACUCUCACUCCAGCAGCACCAUCAGCAGUGACGUAGUGGGCGGGAACAGGCCGCUCCCCCCUCCCGUGGCCCUGAAGCCCUCCGUCCCCCGCAUGCCCUCGGAGGAGCGGGUCCCGGUCAGAGAGGAGGACGACCCCGCCUCCAAAUCCUUCCUGGGCAAGAUUAAGGCGUUUGAGAAGAUGGACCACUUGGCUCGAGCUCAGCGGAUGCUGGAGCUGCAGGAGGCGGAGAACGCUCGACUGGAAAUCGCCCAGAAGCAUCCGGACAUCUACGCCAUCCCAGUGAAGCUGCCAAAACCCAACCUCAACCGUCCCCAGCCAAUCGGCUCCAGUUCGAACCCGGAGCCCCAGGCGCCGUCCAGGCCGUCCUACUCGGAGACACGAGGAUACGAGGACCAGGAGACAGAGUACCGCCGGCAGCUGGCCGACCAGACCAAGAGAGGCUACUACAACCCUCAGAAGUACAAGGACACUGAGCUGUGAGGCCCCCCCACCGAAACCAGGACGUGACAUCACCACCGCACGCCGCUCCAGUCACACACCCCCCCCCCCUCCUCCCACGCUGUCGCUACAACUGCUCAGAGCUCGUCACCGUGGUAAAAGUUUAGGCAGCUUUACCUCAAUGUAAACUUUAAACUUUUGUUUGUAGUCGGAUCCCUGGAAAGAUAUUAGUGUCAACACUGUUGUCUCACUACAUGUUGUACUUCAUAAAUACACAACGGUUCCUGCCUGUAGUCUUUAUGUGUCUGGAGAGGUUUUCUGUUACGAGCCAGUUUGUGAUUUAAAUCCUGUUACUGCUUCUUGUGUUCUACUGUUACUCUCAGGUUUGAUUCUGGAAUAUUUCGAGGUGUGAAAUUUGAGGCAGAGUUGCACUCUUUGGGUUACAGUCUAAAACUAAAAGAUCAAACACCUCUUCAAAGCCAACGCCCCUCUCUCUGCAUAUUAAUAAAAAGUCCUGGAUCUGCUCUAAAUAUUAAACAACUUCUUCAUGGAGUCAUGUUCCUCUAUAAUUGGAAGUUGGUUCUGUAGUUGUUGAGUAAUCCUGCAGACGAACAAAGAUGCAGCGAUGAAAACACAAGUUCCCCGGUGGAGGUAGAAAAAAGAUUAAAAAUGAAACACAUCUUCAUCCAGAUGUUCAGUUUGUGAAUUAUCCAGAAAUGCCCUCAGAUCAGUUCUAACAAGCCUCCGCGUGUUUCCCACCUGGACGAUGAAUCAUUGAUGAUGAACUGUGGACGUAACAAUGAAACACGAGAAGCUGACGAACAUCAAUCUGAAACCAGUUGAUCAACUGGGAGCUGAGUGGGGAUUGGUUAACUGUUCACUGGUCUGUGUUACACAACCUGAGCUCUAGACCGUGUUAAAGCAACGCUGCGUAGGUUAGACUGAUCAACAGCGCCCUCUGCAGCCACACAGCCACACUGUCGAUGCUUUAACAGCUGCUCUGGGGUCAGAUUGAUGUUCCUCCUGUCGUCCUGUAUCACCUGUAAAUACACUACACUGUAACGCGUGUGCUCGGGGGUGCAGCAUAUAUCUAAGUGCCUUGCAGCUCGGACUUUACUUCAGUUAUUCACAAACUGCAGGAAGUUUCUAGACAAACUAAACGAACCUUGAAGCUCCAGAAAAAAACAGCUUCUGUCAAAAUCGACCAAACAUACGAUGUAGAUAGUUUAUUUUGUUUUUUAACUGUAAUUAUGAGAGAGAGAGAAAUGUGCUAUUGAAGAAAUGUCAGUAUCAUGUUGUUGAUGAUCACAAGCUGUAAACGAUUAGAAGAUCUAGAAAGAAAACACUGUUGAACACAACAGGACGUCCUGAGUUCUUAGUCUGUGACACGGAGACAAUCACGUUUUUAUAUUGAAUCUUCAACUCGCUGGAGUCUUUGAACACUGGAGUUCGGGGAACGUGGUGAUGACAAUCAUGUUUGUUGAUCCGCUUCUUUUAAAUGUCUGUCCGUGAUUUACAUUUCUUUUUCCUUUUUGUUUGUUUUUUUAGUUUGUGAUCUCAAAGUGUUACAAGAAAUAAAUAAAUACUUUUUUUUACAUCGUG